CAUGGCAAAGAUGAACUGGAAGCAAGUGCUUUUUCGUUCCUGCCUCGUGGCUUUAGUGCUUCUGAUUGUUAUUGAAGAAGGUGAUGCUGUGGCUGUGGAGUCCAAGAAAGCAGCAGCUGGAGAACUCAGCAAGGAAAGUGUUAAAAAAAGAGUCUUCGUGAAGGAAUCAGAUGCAUCUAACUUUUUCAAGAAAAGAGGCAAAAGAUCUACCAAAUCGAGAGACGAGCUCAAUGCCGAGACCCGCCAGAUGCUGGCUGCUGACGAACAAAGGAGGGAAUACUAUGAGGAGCAGAGGAAUGAGUUUGAGAACUUUGUUGAGGAAGAGCGUGAUGAGCAGGACGAGAGAAGCCGAGAGCAGAUUGAGCAAUGGCGCCAGUACCAUUAUGACGGUCUCUACCCACCGUACCUAUAUAACCGGCACAUCGUCUAGAGCGCAGAGGAAGAGAGGAAAACACAAAACCAUGAAAAUGGGAAAUCCCUGCUGAGCGUGCGAUUGGCAGGACGGUCAGAAAGGCAAUGUAGAUGAAGUCAUGGAAACAUGACUGAUCCCCUCUCCAUGGAACCUGUUUCACCAGGGCUUCCGCUAGUAUCGAGUUGUCUCAUAGGUGCUGCUUUGCUUUGUUUCAUGAAGCGCUGGUACGCCGCCACCUCCAGUCCUUGGAGCAAAGGCCAAAUCACUGCAGGCAAAACGGGAUCUUUCAGACCUGUGCAUAUCUGAAGAAGGGAGCAAAGGGAAGCGAAACCCCUGCUUAGUCCAGCACCCUGGCAGGAAGACUAACCACCUCCUCAGCCAUCAAUCUGAUGUGUGGGGAGGUGGCAAUAACCCUCCCUCCCCUGCUGAUCUGCAUGGAUCAACUGCUUGGGUGCUUUGUGCUGGUUUGGGUGUGUGUCCUGCAAGUGUGUGCUAAGAAUGCGGAGUGGGCACUGUUGCUUGCAGCCCUGGGCUGGUCCUUGGACCAAAAAAGGUUGACCAAACUUUAUAUUAGAGCAAAUGCAUAAGCAGUAUUCUAAAAUAAUCACUGUAUUUUGAUAGGGACAUUGAAAAAAACAACCCCAAUGCCAGCUUGUGCUGUAUCUAUUUCAAAUGAUUUUAGAAUAU